AUGAAUUUUACCUUCAACCGUAACCAGACGAACGACUUAACAGACAAAUACUACACCAAUGAUGAUACUUAUAACAACAUCUUGACCUUUGUAUACAUUAUAAACAAGUAUUAUCUCUGGAUUAUUAUGGUCAUCGGCUUACCAGGAAACAUUUCCACAAUAUUUACCAUAUCACGCAUGUCGAGUUUAGGAUCGUUUUCUCUGUACGUUAAUCUGCUAGCAAUCGCAGACAGUGUGGCACUGGUACUGAAACUCACCAUCUAUCAACUUUUAAGCAACCAGGUUAAUUUGACAACAAGUGGUUGCCGCAUCAUGCUUUUUCUAGUUACAUUUUUUACCUCUUACGCCAACUGGAUACUAGUCCUGAUGGCAGUAGAGCGUCUUGUAGCUGUCAGAUUUCCAUUAAAAAUACAAAAGUAUCUCAGUUACAAGAAGUCAAUCAUAUGGAAUUUGAUUGUAUGUGUGUCUCUUAUGGUCAUGUACACCCCGAUACUCUGGAUGUACGAUUUUCAGAUCAACAACAUCGGCUGCUACAUUAACAAAGAACCAAUUCACCUGGUCAUCUAUUUAAAAUGGGUAAAUAUCCUUCUGCUAGCCUUCAUUCCAUUCAUCCUUAUUGUACUCAUUAACGUGCUUAUACUGUGUGUCAUCCGCAAGGCUUUUAAGCAGCGCUACCUCCUAACGAACAGUUCCAGCAGCACAGACGUGUCAACUCUCAGACAGACCAUGCUCAUGUUGUUUCCAUCAAAUUUGGCCUUCGCUAUUCUAAUAUUCCCAGCUUGCGCCUUAACAGUUGCAGAGUCGUAUUGGUAUGAAACUAUAAACACUAAAGGCUUUGCAUUUAAGUACCUGUUCAAGGAGAUCUCGUACAUUCUUGUAGACUCCACGCAUGCGUUGAACUUUUACCUUUACUUUCUGAGUGCUCGUAAAUUUAGGAAACAGUUUAACAAGAUGUUUUCAUGCGGUACUGUAGUUAAACCCGUGUCCCUAUAA